AUGAAAUGGCGGAACUCAAAGGAAAGGGAACUACUAGCUUCAGGUGGAUCCCGGGAGCAGACACUACCCAAUAAGAACAAUCCGCAUCCAGAUCUAUCGGAUGCCGAAGCUGACAAACCAAAAAUGUCACCACUGUCGCCGCUGAAUGAAGACCAACAUGAAGAUAUUAAGAAGCCUUAUGCAACUACGUCAAAUGAAUUUAGAGGUUAUGAAGACAAAAUGGCAGGCGGCGUGUUUUCCCGCGAAAUGGCGUUCAACAACAUGGAAGACGACGACUAUGAAAGUGACGCCAGCGCCAGUGAUGAAGAAAUUAAUGUAACAUGA